AUGGCGACUCUCCCCAAAGAAACUGCUUCGAAUUUAAAUGAAACAAGAAGCAGUGGAGGUAUCCGUCACUAUGCACCAUUACGUUCUGUGCCAAAAUCAUGGAUUAUUAUUGCUGUAUUUUUUUAUUGUGCAUCUCUCCUCACUGUUGGUCUUCUAGUUGGCCUCGUACCUCGACGAACACAGUACGUAACUGUACUUGCUACAGCAACGCGACCACCUAGAACAACUGAAACCACUGAAACAACUGAAACCACUGAAACAACUGAAACAACUGAAACAACUGAAACAGCUUCUACCACGACAAAAUCAGCUACUUGCAUUGAUGACGAAUGUAAUCCACGUUUAGUAAGUGAUUUAAUCGUUCAUAGUUAUGAAUUAGAAUAUAUAUACAAUGAUACAACACAAACAACUGUUCAAGGAAAAGUCACAAUUGAGUUUACAUUAAAACAACCAACCAAACAGCUUAUCUAUCAUGCGCAAGGAUUUGCGAGACUUGAAGAACCUGCGUUAUAUGAGGAUGGUGUCUAUCGCUUAGUUUCCAUGAGAAAAUAUAUUCCUAAUGAUUAUUUAAGUUUACGUGGUAUAGCUGAUGAUUUAUUUCCACCUAAUCGAUAUCGAUUGGUACAACAAUUUGCUGUUCAGUUAACUGAUACAUUUACAGGAUUUUAUCAAAGUACUUAUCAAGAUAAAGAUGAAACGAUGGGAAAACUAUUAGGAGCAAAAUUAAGACCAACUAACGCCCGAAAAGCAUUUCCAUGUUUUGACGAGCCACAAUUAAAAGCACAAUUUAAAAUUAGUAUAAUUCAUCCACAAAAUACCAUCGCUUUGUCUAAUUUUCGAAUUAUUGAAGAAACAAAUGAAAAUAAUGUAAUUCAAACAAGAUUUGCUGACACAUUUCGUAUGAGUACUUAUAUUGCUACGUGGGCUAUUCUUCCAGAUACCUACGGAAAGAAACUGGAUGAUCCUGAUGAACCACAAGUGACAGUUUGGGCUCGUCGAGAGCCAACAGAAAAAAAUCAAACUGCUUUUGCACUUGAAAUAGCGCUGAAUUCUAUUACGUUUUAUGAGGAAUAUUUUAGUGUAUCUGAAGCUCUACCGAUUAAAAUUGAUAUUUUGGCUAUUAAUAAUUUUGCAUCAGUUGCUAUGGAAAGUUCAGGUCUUGUCUCAUUUCGUGAAGAUCGCAUAACAUACAAUGAAAAAACGAUGUCAACAUAUCAAAAACUUCAAGUUGCGAACAUAGUGGCUCACGAAAUUGGUCAUUCAUGGUUUGGCAAUUAUGUAACAUGCAAAUGGUGGGAUGAUUUAUGGUUCAGUGAAGCUAUGGUUAGUUGGCUUUGUCGAAAACCAUUGGACAUUAAUUAUCCAGAUUGGAAUAUAGAUGUACAAGCAUUAACUGACGAUGUCAUUCUAGCUAUGUGGGAAGAUGCUAAGCCAUCUUCACAUGCCAUUGUUGUUAAAAAUGUGACAGGUGUUUCUGAAAUACUUGAUUAUCUUGACCUAUUAACAUACACAAAAGGUGUAAGUGUAUUACGCAUGCUAGAAUUUAUUGCUACUCCAGAUAAAUUUCGUUCUGGUUUGCAAGAUUAUUUAAUGGUUAAUGCAUUCGAUGUUGGCGAUCUUAAUAUGUUUUAUGAUCAAUUAUUAAACAAUACAAAUGGAACGCAAUUUAUGAAGAGUUGGCUCGAAGAACCUAAUUAUCCAUUAUUACAUGUUCAAUUAACUGUAGAAAAUGGUGACACAACAUUGACUUUUACUCAGUCACGUUAUAUUCUAUCCAGCGCAUUGAAUUCGUCACAUCUUGAUAAAAAUUAUCGAUGGAAAAUACAUAUUAAAUGCAUAUUAGGUGGUAAUUCUUCAGAUUUUGAUACAAAUCAUAGAAACAGUGAUACAAUUGAUUUUAUUCUUGAAAAAGAACAAGAUACUGUAAAUCUUCCCGGAACAUCGUAUUCAUGGAUUAAAUGUAAUCAAAAUUUUCAAGGCUUUCAUGUUACACAAUAUUCAUUUCCAACAGCUACUUGGCAACGUUUUACAUCAGUCAUAGAAGCACAACCAACAUUCUUUUCAAUUGAAGACAAAGUUAAUUUAAUGCAAGAUACUUUUCUACUUGCUUAUAAAGGUCUUAUUGAUUAUGCUGAGCCAUUACGAAUUAUACGUUCGUUAACCAAAAUACAUAUGACAGAAUAUGUUCAUUGGAGAACAUUUCAAUGGCAUUGGGAUACAUUAGCAGAAUUAAUCGAUUAUUUACCUAAUACAUUAACUAAAUUUCGAGAUUUUGCUAUUCAACAAGUUCUUGCCAACGAUGUCACACUCGAUUAUAUUUUGUCGCCAGACGUAGAUGAUAAUCAUAAUGAAAAAUUAGUGAAAAGCAUACUGUUUGCACUUCUUUGUCGAAUGAAUCAUCCAGAUGCGAUUCAACGAGCUAGCCAAUUAUUCAAAUCUAUUCCCAUCGCACAUUUUAAUGAUAGCGACGUCGCUAUUGGUGUUGCUGCUGAUUUCCUAUCGGACGUCUAUAAAUAUCAUUUACAAAAUGAUGAUAAUGAAGCCGAUUGGAAUAAUAUGUAUAACUAUUAUCAAGUAACAACAUCAACACAUGAAAAAACGCGUGCCUUAAUUGCGAUUAGUUCAACAAAUAAUAAAGAUCGUUUGAGCAAAUUACUCAACGAAGGAUUAAUAGGGGGCCCAAAUACAAUUAAACGUCAAGAUUAUUUUCCUAUGAUGGGUCACAUGAGUCGUCAUGCUAUUGGGAGAGAAACAGUCUGGAGUUUUUAUAAAGAAAAUUAUUCAAAUUUAGCUAACACUUUUACACUUGAAAAUCGUCCAUUCACUACAGCUAUUGCUUCUAUUACGCGUUCAUUUGAAAAAGAAUCUUUUCUUCAUGAAAUGCUUGAUUUAUUUUUGCAACAUCCAAAUGCUGGUACUGGAGGAGAAGCAGCACGUCAACAAGCCAUUGAUCAAGUCAAGAUGAAUAUUGAAUGGGUUAAAUCAAGAGAAUCAAGUUUACGUGAUGCAUUUGACACAAUUUCUCGACAUUAA